AUGGCAUCAACUACAUACAUCCUCGAGCAGGUUAGAAGUCAUAACAAGAAAGACGAUGGCUGGAUUAUUUUGCCUAAUAAAGGUAUCAAUGCCCUGGUCAUUCUCUACAACAUCACUACCUGGCUUGAUGACCACCCAGGUGGUGAAGUGGCUGGCUUAGAUGCCACUGAGGCCUUCGAGGAGACCGGACACUCGGACGAAGCCCGCGAACUUCUCGAGCCAUAUCUGAUCGGAGCGCUUGCAGCUGAGGACCAAGCUGAAGCCAUUGAGGUGUACCGUCCGACCUUCGAGAAAGUCUCCCAGGUCGCUGCAGUCGACGUGCGCAAGCGACAGCGGUCCACCGUUGGGCUUUUAGUCAAAUCGCUCCUCGCGGCCGUUCCUCUCGGCCUAGCUGCUGGACUAGGGUAUAGUGUAUACAGCAACGGGCUCGGGAUACUGCGCCAGCCUCAACUGUUCCUCCCGCAUCUCCUCCAAGAAAUCCAUCUUCCCUCUGGAACAACCUCCCAAUCCUCCUUCUGGUCCGGGGUGGGCAUUGACAGCGCUCUUCAAAUCAGUCUGACCGGUGCUCUUACCGUCUGGCUCUCCAUCAAGCUCGACGUCCAGGAGAGCUUCGCAUCCCACAAGCCCUACCGACCGUCCCGCGCCGACACCCUACUCCUCAAAUCCGCUCUCAAAUCCAUUGGCACUAUUCCCCGGGCGGUUCUGCGUGGAGUAUGUGCUCUCGCGUCCGGAGGGCAAGUGGGAUGGGAGAAAGGGGUUCGUGACGCAGGAGCUGAUCCAGGAGGCGUUCCCGGCGCCGGCUGCCGACACUCGGGUGUUUCUCUGUGGGCCGCCACCGAUGAUUGAGGCGAUGAAGAAGAAUUUGGUUGAGUUGGGAUAUAAGCAGCCCGGGGUUAUAUCGAAGGCGACGGAUCAGAUGUUUUUGUUUUGAUGCGGCGUGUCGCAGUGGUUGUGGUGUUUGCUGUUUGUUGUUGGUUUCUGAUAUGUCUCUACAGAUCCAAGUCUGGAUAUCGUUGGGGUCUGGAUUUUGGGUGUAGAUCGAACUUAUCACUAACUUGGUUUCCUAGAUUAUAUAUCCAGUACUAGUAAAAUUAGAUCAGCUUCUAGGGUAAGUUACUAAGUUAGUUA